AUGUCGGGCAAUACGGGGACCAUGGCGUCGGACGUACUGGCGUUUUUGACGGAAGCAAGCGAUGGGCUGCCACUUAUUGAGCCGGUUUUAAAGACGCUCAAGGCCGUGCGCGAGAAGGUGGCGACGUUGAAAAACAAUCGCGAAGAACUGGCAGCGCUAUACCAAAGAUGCACGUACAUCACGGGGUGCGUCAUCGUGAGGUGCAGGAAGGGCUCCUCCGGACUGAAGGCGACGCCUCUCAUGGAAUGUGUGAACGCGGUUGGGGCGUUUGUCGAGCGUUGUAGUCGGCGAGGUAUGCUUUCAAGGGUAUUGAAGGCCACGGACGACAAGGAAGAAAUCGCGGGAUUAAAACAGCGCCUAGAAGAUCUGGAGGGCGACUUAAGGCUGGCGGGCAUUGCCACUGUUGGGGGCAAGGUCGAGGACUUGAAAGCGUUGUUGGAGCACGUGGACACUAAACAGGCGUUAUCACAUAGUCAAACACUGGCGAAUCACGACAUCAUGUUCGCCCGUGUGGGCAUUUCUCCGGAGACACUGGCCACGGUUCCGGCGGGCACACCGGCACGCAAGAGCUGGCACGUUGAGCGCCGCCAUGUGAUGAGAGCGGUUUGUGACGCACUCCCCGGCGAAGGGGGGCCGCGCUUGGUGGGGCUGGUCGGCGACAGCGGGUCGGGCAAGACCACGGCUGCUGCCGAGAUCGUCAGGAGUACCGAGGUGCGGGAGGCUUUCUCCGACGGCAUCGUGUGGCUGUCGGUAAACGACGGCGCAACCGAGCGCCUCCGGGCAUUGAUGAUGCACCUGGCCCGCGUGGUGUUCGAGGACAUCGGGGGCAGCGUGGGCCGUCGCCCAGCGGGAUUGGACGAUGGUGCGGCAUACACCAGGCAGCGGAUGCAGAGUGGGCACGGCGGGAAAGGGCUGAAGUGCCUCGUGGUAGCGGACAACGUAUGGGAGGAGGCGGUAAUCUCAAAGCUGCUGGAGACUGGAAUGUGGGUUCUCCUGUCGACCCGCGAUGAAGCGCUGGUGAGAAGCGCAGAGGGAGGGGUCGUAGUCGGAGUUGAUGAACUGUCCGAGGAAGAUGCGAUGUCGGUGCUGAGGAGAGCGUCAGAGCUCUCGCCUGAGCUGCGCUUGCCCGACGAGGCCGUGGAACUGGUUGAGCUGUGCGGGCGCGUUGCGAUGGAUGUGGCGUUUGUGGGGCGAUGGAGCACGGUUCGGGGCAGGUCAGACAGGACCGCUUGGUCGGAUGCCGCUCACAAGGUUCGAUCAAAGAUAGAGCGAUCGCGGGUUAGCGACAACGUGUGGGAUAUCCGUGCAGUACGCCGGAAGGCCGUUCUCCAGGCCGGGUUUGAGGAUCUUGCCAUCGGAUCAGACGACGAGCGAAUUCCUCGGCUAUAUCUUUCGCUCGCCGUGUUGCCGGAUGGACAUGCCUUCACGGCGAAGGAUGCCACGGCCCUGCUUUACGACCGGGCGCCUUGUCCGGAAGACGAGGUAUCGACAGAAGAGCUGAUUAGGACCCUGGAACGCUGGUCUGCGCUGCGCACGGAAGGAGGGGCAUACCGUAUGCACGAUGCCCACUCCGGGUUCGCCAGAGAUUGUGUCAUGGACCGCGGCUACGUGCGAAAGCCUGCCGUGAAGAGAUGGACUCUUAGAUUAUCUUCCCUGGAUGUCCUCCGGUCAUUUGACGAUCCGUUCGUACUUAAAGGUCUAUGGCUAGCUGUGGGGCGCUUAGGCGGAGAGAGUUGGAGAAACGUCCGGCCCUACGCGGCCGCGCUUAGCGAGAUGGACGAGUCAAAUCCUUUGCUCCUCAAGUCCUUGCAGAGUUUGGGAUGGUUCCAAGAUGCACAGGGAGAUUGGCAGUCAGCGAGCGACACGUGCCGCCGAAUCCUAGCGGUUAAGCGGAGGCAGUUGGGGGCUGAUCACCCCCAUACCAUCCUGACUUUGCGAGCGCUGGUAUAUUGCGCCGAGAGGCUGGGAAAUGCCGAGGAAAUGACGGAAUGGCAGGCAGAGCUGCGCAGGGUGCUUCCGUUAGCAGUGGUGAGGAUGCAACUGCGGCUUGAUGCCGGUGAGGUGGAUGGGGUCGAUGAUGCCAACGCCCUCAAUUCCAUCGCUUCGACCAUGCUGAACUUGGCGCCUGAUGAUAGAGGGAACGCGGAAGCUCUUAUGAGGCACUCCCUGGAGAUCCAGGAGGUCAAGCUGGGCCGCGACGACGUGUACGUCGCCUACAACCUGCACCACCUGGGGGUAAGCGUUCAUCUGGCGGGGCGACUGGACGAGGCAGAGGGGUUGUUCCGGCGCUCUCUAGAGAUCCAGGAGGCCAAGUUAGACCGAGACGACGUAUGGCUAGCCUACACGCAACACUACUUGGGAAAAUGCGUCCGACAGGCCGGGCGGCUGGAUGAGGCGGAGGAGCUAUUAACGCGCUGCUUGGGAAUCCAGGAGGCCAAGCUGGGACCAGACGAUGUGGAGGUAGCCAACACGUUGAUUCAGCUUGGCCUAUGCCUUCGAGAGGCAGGGCGGCUGCAGGAGGCAGAGGGGUUGUUGAGGCGGUCCUUGACAACGUUAGAAAACAAGUUUGGUCCAGAGGAUGAAAGAGUAGCCUCCGCGUUAAACGAGCUAAGGUUCUGCGUUCGUCAGACUACGAUUCAUUUGAGCCACCAGGUGUAGUCAUCGAGCCGUGCUGGAAGCACAGGAUUUCAGCAUCAUUGUGUUGGCGAGUGCCCGCUCGUCUUCGUUCUAUCCGUCGCACGGUUGCACGAAAUAUUAAUCCCCAAAUAACAAGCGACUGGGUGGCUUCUUGACGCCCGUCUGGGUUCUGUACAAUUCACAUUUGUCGUUGUACUAAGGCACGAUAUCCGAUCUU